GACACGCUGAAGGAACUCCAAUUCGAGGACGACUAUCAGAGCGCGGAAGCGCGCGCCAAUUUGGGCGCCUCAGCCAUCAUCCCAGUCAACAGCGACAUGGGAGAUUGCGGCCCAGACAGCAUCCGGUUGAUCGCCGCGGUGGCGGGCGCCUCCACGGCCGCGACCCCCGGCACCCCGCGCGGGGAGAAGCAGGCUUCACCGUUCAAGCUGGCGGCCGAGGCUUCGCCUCCAAAGAGCAAGCGCGCGAUGGCGGCCAGCGGGCUGGCGGCGACAUCCCCGCCGAAGCAUGCUGCCGCGACCAAGGGCGACGCCGCGCCCAGCUCCAAGAAGCGGCCACUGCCGCGGGGCCCCGCCCCUGAGUCGAGCAAGCCUCGACUGGCCCGGGCGCCCGCGAGGCCCAGCCCUGGG